GAGGGGCGGGCCUAACGAUGAAUCAAUAUUUAAGUUACUUCCAAUUUAAUUAAAACAGAGCCCAAACAAAACUCUAAACCACAUUUCUCAAAAGUUCACAGCGACUUAAAAAUAAAAAAUCCGUUGUAAUUGUGCGUAUAGAAAAGUGAAUUAAAUGAAAGCAUCGAAUCAAAUAAGCGUAGCGGGAAGCUAAAAUGUAAUGCCCGCAGAUGCCGCCACAGGCCAACUAGUAAAUAGUGUCUUACGAUUGUCAUCCUACAAGCCAUAACUCAAAUCGUCUCAAAUACUACGGUCUUACCACAUCUCGGAUGUGAAGCAGGUUUGAGCCUGAAUAGUGAGAGAAUGGGCGAUCACAACUCAACAGGUUUGUCCUAGACGCCUGUAGGGGGGGUGGUCACGCUGUGGGCAGCUAAAGCAACAUCCAUUGUUGUGUUAUUUUAUUUUAUCUUUUUAUUAUUUUAUUCUCAUUCUACGUGACUUUACCGAAAGAACCAAAGAAGAACAUCCAUUGUCCCACUGUAAUAUGGUUCCAACGUAUAUGCUCUCAUCACCUUCACCAACCCACAACGAGCCGCGGUGCCUGGGGAGGCCCUCAUCCAGCAGUGGAUUGUCAGGGAGGGCGACCUUACUUGAGCCCCCAUCCAUCAGUUCGUUGUCCGGCCCCCGCGCCUCUGAUUUGCGCCGACGGGCUACGUACAGUUGCGAAGGAAGUUCAACGCCAUACAUCGCUGUCGGUCACUCACUUUUCAGAGUCAAGAGGAGGAGGGCCUUGCGGCGGUCUGGCCAUGGACCCACUUUGUCAUCGCGACCACGCGGCCCAUGAACCCAACUGGACAUUGGCGGCGGUCCAGAGGCCCGGUCAGCAGCAGCAGCUGCAGAUGUGCGUGGCAUGCGUCCUAGAGACUCUGGGCGACCAGGACAUCUCGGUCUGCCGCAAGACCCUUGCUCUGUCCCGGCUUCUGGAGCGCUUGCUUCAGGAUGGUGGUGGGCCCCUUGUGAGCCUCCUUGCUGCAGGGAACUUGGCAGCCGCCUGGAGCUUGGUGCACAACCUGACAGGGAUGUUGACCGUUCUUCAGGAUGUCCCAGCGCUCAACUUGGUGGUGGAAGUGCUCACUCAGCUCACGUGUCGGCUGAAGUCGGAGGAUGUGGCGAGGGCGCUGCUGGCGAUGGUGGAGAAGCAGGUCACAGGGCCGGCGGGCCCCAAGCAGAGCCUCCCUUUCAUUGCCCUGCUGGGGAAGCUGAUUGAUGCUCUGCCACCGUUAGCGGAGCGCCUGGCGCACCAUCAAGCGCCUCUGCUGGAGCAGCUGGUGGCUCUCUUGCGCUACCCGGACGAGGCGGUGCAGGUGGCGGCGUUCUACGCGUGCCGCGGCGCGUGCGGUGGCGGCACAGGCGGUGUGACGCUGGAGGAGCGGUUUCCCGCGCGCCUCCUCCGCACGAUGUGCGCCGCCACGCUCGCCACGCUGGGCGGUGCGCCGGGAACGGAGCUGCAGUUCAACGCCCUCGGUCUGCUCAGGCAACUCCUGCGCGUCGCGCCACUGGUGUCCGAACUGAUGCGACCGCUGCCAGACCUGGCCAGGGAACCCUCGCUUGCGCACGCCGCUAACGACGAAGCUUCUCUGCCGCUCAUUCUCAAAAAACUGCUGCACUCCGGGGAUGACACCCUUCGCGUGGCGAGCGUGCAGUGCAUGUGCUGCGUGCUCGCCCAGCGCCCCGAGUCGUGCGUCGCCGCGUUCCUGCACGCGGACCUGCCAGAGUUCCUGUUCGAGGCGCUGUCGUCCACAAACGAGCUGCUCGUGUGGUCCAUCUACUGCUGCCUCACUCACUUCAUCCAGCAUGAGCUCUUCUAUUCCAAGUGCCAGAGCGCCUACGGGAUCGAACCCGUCCUGCGGAGCCUGCAAUUCCUGCUCAAGCUCGUGAACGUGGAGGCCCAGAAGCAGGGCUUCUCCCUGCUCGCCGAGAUGCUGCAGAGGCAACCGGCGAGCAUCAAGCUCUUCCCGAGCUGGAGCACGUACUGCCUGUGUCUGUCGGUGGUGCGCGACGGCGUCACGGCCGCCGACAGGGACGUGUGCUCUGUGGCCGCCUGCGCCCUCGCCUCCUUCCUCAGGACCUGCCACUUGGUGGCACCGGUGCCCUACACGGAGCUGAAGGAGCUGAUGGAUGCCCUCCUGCAGAUGCUGCGGGAGAUCUCUCCUCCUUCGAGCCACCGCAUGUCCGCUGCACACAGCGUGCGCUCCGAGGGCGAGACAAAGCUGUCCGUACCGGAGCUGUGCAUUAUCCAAGGGCUGCAGGCCUUCUGCAGCGCGUGCAGGCUGGUGGUGAAGUGUUCCUCGGAGCCUCUGCUUCGGGAGAACCGGUUUGCGCCGCCGGGCGGGCGUGGAGACCUCGGCUCCGCGAAGGAGCUGGAGUGGGCGCUCGUCGGCGGCUGCGACUCCACGUGCAUCCCCGUCGCCAUGAGGAUGUAUGACGCGUGUCCGUCGAAGCCACUGGCGCUCGCCCUGUUCACGUGCCUCGAUGAGCAACACCAGCUGUGUCCUUCUGCCAUGCGCUACUUCUCUGCCAAGCUGGCGAGCAGCGGGUUCAUCAGGGCCACGCUGGAGGUGAAGGCUGCCUUCUGCCGAGGUCCAAGGGACGACGCCUUGAACCAGGCCUGCUCCAGGUUCCUGCUACGGACGUGCCUGAGCCUCGGCCUGCUGGCCAACGAAGCCUCUCCACCGCCACUGCCGCAAGCACCGCUGGCCGACGGAGGGGAGGUGGUGGACGCGUUGGCCCACGGACUCCUGGACGUGGCGCCCACCCCCCGCGACUGCCUGCUGCUCCUGCGGGAGCCGCGCGCCGACCUGACACUACGCCCGGCCCAGCUUGCCGCGAUGGCCGUCCUCCUCACCGCGCUGGCAUACGCCGAUCGGCUGGCGCGUGAGCAGGAGGUGAGCGAGGCCCUGCUGAAUUUCCUCCACCACCUGGGCGAGGGGCCUCCGGUGAUGCCCGCGUCGCUGCACCUUGCGCUGGUGCGCUUGGCGCUGUGCCUCCUCGCCCUGUGCCAGCGCGGAGAGCCGUGCCUGCCUGCGGUAACAAGUGUGCGUUGGACUUCUUUUGCAUCGUACGUGGACAACCACGCCAAUCGGGAGGGUCCAGAAAUGAUGAUGGCCGUGAUUGUGAUGAUGGCCGUGAUUGUGAGGGGUCACCUGAGGAUGCCCCGCGACUCGUGGAUGCUGCUCCGGCUGCCCGUCGGGCUCAUCGUCGUCAAUUCAAAUACGUCGAGAACGAUGGUGCUCGUCUACAUGCAGCCCUGA